UACAAGAAAUCCAGCAACAGCUCGGAUAACGAUAUUGGAUGUGAUGACGUUUUCUUUUCAGUUUCAUAUGUUAAAUACAACUCGUAAACAGUAAUUGCUGAAUAACGUUUUUGUGGAACAAUAAAUUAUUAAAAUAUCGCCUAAGCACUUCCGAUUUCCACCCGUAUUUGACGACACGUAAUCCGUUUUAGGUACCGUUUGUUCCGGAGGUAACAGCUCUCCAAAGUGGCGCAGUUCAGCGGUGAUAGGAUGCGAAGAUCCCAGGGCUAUGCCUACCAACCACUAACUCAAGACCCAGGCCCAAGUGGCUUGGGAAAUAGUAGUCAUGACGCAUUGGAAGAGGAAAACGAACGAAUGGCGGACGAGUUGAGAGGGAAAAUUGGAGCACUGAAAUCGCUAACCAUCGAUAUUGGCAAUGAAGUACGAUAUCAGGAUAAAAUGUUGCGGGGAAUCGACGAAGAUAUGGACCGGACGGGAGGAUUUAUGUCGAAUACAAUUUCAAGAGUCGUUCGGCUCGGGAAAGGGGGACAUCGGAACCAUAUGUGUUACAUGUUCCUGUUUGUGAUGUUUGUGUUCUUUAUACUGUUUCUUAUAUUGAAGUUGCGAUAAUAGAAGGUAAAAAAAACGAAGCAUGACUGACUACCAAAUUCCAUUUCGAUACUGAAAAACAACUAAAGCUAUAUUUAUCUCGUGAGAACGUAUUUUUUGCAUCGAACGAUCAUUUGUUUCCCCAUAAAAGUUAGAAUCUAUUUGAGGAUCAGAACAAUUUUGGUAUACGCACUAUUGCACUAUGUUUAAAGUAUUAAGCAAGAGAAUUUGUACGCAAAACUGGCUAGUUUGGGAAUGUAAUUGAGCAAUAACUGUGAAUAACAUUUUUACCAUGUGAUAUAAUAAAUUAUUCUGAUUUUCAUAAGCAUUCAA